AUGGCCGCCGAUCGCUCGUGGGCCUCUCGAUGGUGCCGGGCGGGGAGCGAGCCGCUCGACGAGGUGCUGGUGCGCGACGUGGAGGAGACGCAGCGGCCGCCGAUUGCUCGCUACUUUGCCGAGGAGGGCAACGCCUCUCCCGCCUCGCCUCGGCUACAGCGCGCCACACAGCUCGAGUUGCUGAGGCUCUGCUCCAAGGCGCCGCAUUCGGCGACGCGCGAGGCAAACCUCGCUGCGCUGGCCGCUUCUCGGCAGCGAUUGCUGCAGGCGGACGGCGAGGAUCUGGGGCAGGAGGACGAGCUGGCCGACGAGUUGCGUGCCUUUUGCGCGAGGCACGCGCUGUGGCCGCACGGAACAGAGACGCUCGUCCUGCGGCACUUCCGCGUCGGUGGCCGCGGCCUCGCUGCUGCAGCCGACCUGUCUGCCGGCGACACCGUCCUGGCGGUGCCAGAGUCGCUGCUGCUGCUCUCGUCGUACGACGGCCUCGCCGCCGCCUUGUCUGCCGCCGCCGGCGACUCGCUCCACGACGACGUGCGGCUCAGCCUCGCGCUGCUGCUCGAGAUUGCGCGAGAUCAGGCGGGCGCGUGGGCCGAGUACUGCCGCUUCCUGCCCGAGCGGCCGCCGAGUGCGCUGCACUGGGCCUCGCGCCAGCUGCAGAGGCUGGCGCACACCCCGCUCGUCGGCCGGGCGCACGCAGCCCUCUUCCCGGCGCUGUCGCUCGCGCUGCCGCAGCUCUUCCCGCCGGCGAGCUUCUCGUGGCGCCGCUUCCUCUGGGCGUACACCGUCGUGCAGACGCGCGGCCUGGUCGUUGGCGGCGGCGCGGAGCCGCGCGCACGCCGCACGGUGCUCGCCCCCGUGGCAGACUUGCUCAACUACUCGCCGACUUCGCCGCUCGCGUGGCCGUCCCUCGAGGCUGCGGGCGCCGCAAGGCCAACGGGGCCGGUGGCGGAGGGGCCUCCUUCAGCCACGCUCGCACUCACGUUCCGGCUGCUGAGCGCGGUGCCGGCGGGGCGGCAGCUCUGCCUCUACUACGGCCACCCGCUCGCCGCUCGAGAGUGCCGCCUCUCCUCGCUCGAGAGCCUCGAGCACUAUGGCUUCGUGGACGCGUCGGCCCUGGAGCGAGAGGCGGUCGAGCUGUGCCUCGAGCCUCCGGAGGAGGAGGGCGAGGAGGGCGAGGAGGGCGAGGAGGGCGAGGAGGGCGAGGCCGACGCGGAGGGCGGCGAGGAGGGCGGCGAGGAGGAGGGCGGCGAGGGAGGGGACUGGGCGGCGGCGGCGGCGGCGGCGGCAUCCGGUGGCGGGGCGGUGGCUCUGCUCCGCCGCGCCGCCCUCGCGCGAGUUGGGACGACGCACUACUUGCGCGCGAGCGGACCGCCGAGCCGCCGCCUGCUGCGGGCGCUCCACUGGGGCACCGCGCCGGCGGAGGAGCUGCUGCCGCUCGCGCGCGCCGGCGCGGAUCCUGCGGCGGCGCCGCUGACGCGCGAGGCGACGGGCCGCGCGCACGAGGCCUUGCGCGCCAUCCUCGCCUCGCUGGGAAAGCCUGGCGGCGGCGAGGAGGGCGAGAGCGGCAGGGCGGCCGACGUGCAGGCGGCCGGGCCGGGCGGUGACAUCAGCGCCUAUCUCGCGUUUGAGAGGGCGGUGGUGGUGAAUGCGCACCGGCAUCUCGGUGUGGCGGAGAAGAGCGCUGCGGAGACCUAG